UGAAAAAAUAAUAAUCAUCAGCUCUCUUAACCGCGUAUUAUUAGGCGUAACCACUAACCACCUAAUAGUAGUGGAAUACUCACGCAAAUCUCAACCGUAAUCUCAGAGUUUGCAGCGUUCUUGAACUUCAUAUUCAAGGUGACAAAUUUUGUAAAUUGAAGCUGCUAAUUGACGCAAACUCCAUACUCGGUUGAUUUCUUCUGCAAAUUACUCAAGAUUCUAAGUGUGAACUUCAAUUGAUGAGCGGUUCAAUUCAGCCCAUAGACGUUUGGCACAGUCGUGGUGUUAGGUACCAUGUGCAGUUUAAUGAGUUCAACCAACCAAUUAGGAAAGGUGGGCAUAUCUUGGUGCGAUUUCUAGGAAGUGUAGCAAAGGAUGGGACCUAUUGUCCAAUUGGAGAAAAGAAUUGGCAUCAUGUUGACGUGAAACUCAAAACUAAGAUUGUUAUGAAGAUGAGAGAACAUUUUGUGAUUCCUGAGGAUGAGGUCUAUAAUACAUUAGCUCUGCAACGUGUUGACAAAUGUUGGAGGCACUAUAAACACUCACUUAAAUUGACAUUCUUCAAACCCGAUAAGCUCACAGAGGAAGAACAUUAUGAUAUUGUGCCUAGUGGACAUACUCGUUCUGAAUGGAAACCAUUGGUUCAGUAUUGGUUCUCACACAAAGGACAGCAAUUGUCUCAACUUGGAAAAGCGGCACGAGCAUCUCAAAAUCAAGUUCAUACAUUGGGUUCUACUAGUUACGCUAAUAUACGAGCUGAUUAUGAAGAUGAGCAUGGAGAAGAAAUGAGCUUGAUUGAACUUUGGGAAGCAACUCAUAAGAGGAAGGAUGGAACCUAUCUUGAAGGCACAGACACUUCAGACUUUUUGGAGGAUGCAAAGGCAAAGGUUGAUUCAUUAAAGUUUGUAAUCCUACUAUGUCUCGUGUUGACGUUGAGAAUGAAGCCUUUCAAGCUGUCAUGAAUGGAGAUGAAGUACCUGAACGACCCCAGGGAUAUGGAUUUGGGGUGAAAAAAAGUGAUAUUCAUGGGGUGCGUGGUGAACUUAGAAAAGAAGGUUAUGGAAAACUUAAAAGGAGACAUGUGGAACUUGAAAACAUUGUGGAAACAUCUUUAUUGAAGAAGAGAAAUGAGGAACUUGAAAAACAAAACAAAGAGAUGACUAACAAGUUUGAUGAGCAUACUAAGAUGAUGAAGACCGUUGCUACACAUUUUUCUCUGGUGUUGGAUGCGGUGCGUGAUGGAAAAGCUUCUGCUCAACUUAUAGAUGCUGCAAAGUCAGCUAUGCAUUUGAUUACUACAGAGGAUCAAGAUGAUGGUGAAGGAAAAGAAGCCAAGGAUCCAUUAAAUUAGUACAACUCGUAAAGUUAUUAAUGAUUUGAAAAGGUCUUGUAAAAGAUAUAUUACUUUUGUUAUGUUUUUUUUGUAAGGUUUUAAGAAGUUGAUAUAUAGUAGACAUUAUCUAAUUGACUUAUUUGUGAUCGAACAAAAUAUUUUAGUGUGUAUUACUUAAUUAAGACAGAUAUUAAUAUUAUUAUAUAUAUUAUUGGUCAUUUCUACUUAA